CGCUGGGCCGGGCCCGGCCAUGGUCGCUCCCCGCCGGCUCCGCCGCAGCCCCGGCAGCGGCCGGUCCGCGCCCCGCUCAGUUGGAUUGAGGAGCGGUGGCUGCAGCUCAUCCCUGGCAGGAGCAGGACAUGCAGGAGGCUGCGUAGCAGGUUUCUGAGCAGCUGCUGGCAUCUCGGCCCCGCUGGAUCUGGCUGCGCACAACGGUACCAUGAACUGAGCACGGAGCCACGCAAAACUCUUUUUUUUUUUUUUUGUUUUGGCUUUGUUGGGUUUGUUUUCUGUCCGAGAUAAAAAAGCCCCCCACGCUCUUUAAUGAAAGCGUUUUAAAGCGGGGUUGCUUCUCCCCUCCCCUGAGCCGAAGUCGUCCCGGGUGCGGUGAGGAUUUCCCGAGAAGAUGGGGAGAAAAAAGAUCCAGAUCCAGCGGAUCACGGACGAGCGCAAUCGGCAGGUGACCUUCACCAAGCGCAAGUUCGGCCUGAUGAAGAAAGCCUACGAGCUGAGUGUCCUGUGCGACUGCGAGAUCGCCCUCAUCAUCUUCAACCACUCCAACAAGCUGUUCCAGUAUGCCAGCACCGACAUGGACAAGGUGCUGCUCAAGUACACGGAGUACAACGAGCCCCAUGAGAGCCGGACCAACGCAGACAUCAUCGAGACGUUAAGAAAGAAAGGUUUUAACGGCUGUGACAGCCCAGAGCCCGACGGCGACGACUCCAUAGACCAGAGCCCCUUGAUGGAGGAUAAAUACCGCAAAGGCAGCGAGGAUCUGGAUAUCCUGUUCAAGCGAUACGGUGCGCUGAACAAGAAGCACAGGGAGUGCGAGAGCCCGGAAGGGGAUGAAGUGUUUGCGCUGACCCCGCAGACGGAAGAGAAAUAUAAAAAGAUUGAUGAGGAGUUUGAUAAAAUGAUGCAGAGUUACCGGCUCGCAUCCACAGUGCCCGCUCCGAACUUCGCCAUGCCCGUGACGGUGCCGGUGACCAACCAAAACACGCUGCAGUUCAGCAACCCGGGCAGCUCGCUGGUGACCCAGUCCCUGGUGACCUCCUCGCUGACAGACCCCCGGCUCCUGUCCCCACAGCAGCCAGCAUUGCAGAGGAACACAGUGUCCCCAGGGCUGCCGCAGCGGCCCGCCAGUGCAGGAGCGAUGCUUGGGGGAGACCUGAACAACACGAAUGGAGCCUGCCCAAGCCCCGUGGGAAAUGGCUACGUCAGUGCCAGAGCCUCUCCGGGUCUCCUUCCCGUGUCCAACGGCAGCAGCCUGGGCAAGAUCAUCCCGGCCAAGUCCCCGCCGCCACCCUCGCACGGCACGCAGCUGGCCACCAACAGCCGCAAGCCGGACCUGCGCGUGAUCACCUCUCAGAGCGGCAAGGGGCUGAUGCAUCAUCUGCAAAACACGCAGCGGUUGGGUGUCUCUCAAGCAACUCACUCUCUAACCACACCAGUUGUUUCCGUGGCGACUCCAAGUUUGCUGACGCAGGGUCUGCCCUUCUCGGCCAUGCCCACAGCCUACAACACAGAUUAUCAGCUGACGAGCGCCGAGCUGUCCUCGCUGCCGGCGUUCAGCUCACCUGGAGGGCUGUCCCUUGGCAACAUCUCUGCCUGGCAGCAGCAGCAGCAGCAGCAGCAGCAACAGCAGCAGCAGCAGCAACAGCAACAACAGCAGCAACAGCAGCAACAGCAACAACAGCAACAACAGCAGCAGCAACAGCCGCAGCAGCAGCAGCAGCACCUGGUCCCGGUGUCGCUAGGAAACUUAAUACAAGGGAGUCACUUGUCCCACACCACCACUUUGACUGUCAACACCAACCCCAACAUCAGCAUCAAGUCGGAGCCCGUCUCGCCCAACCGGGAGAGGAACACUGCCACCCCGCUCAGCACCUUCCCCCACCAGCCCCGGCACGAGCCCACCGGCCGCUCGCCCGUCGACAGCCUCAGCAGCAACACCAGCUCCUACGAGGGCAGCAGCGAGCGGGACGAUCCCGCCCGCCCCGAUUUCGGCUCGUCCCUGGGCCUCCUGCGAUCCACCAGCGAGCCCGAGGGGGAGAGCCCCUCCGUAAAGCGCAUGCGGUUGGAUACCUGGGUCACAUAACGGGUCCCUGCCGUCCCUGGGGAGCUCCAGCAGGGCCGCGGGG